CCAAACGUGUCAGCGGAGAGGGCUCUCGGAGGGCAGCUGUAUUCUGCCCGUGUUCUCCGAGUGACAAUUCCCUUCGCCCCCGGGCUCGAACCCAGCCACCACUGCCGGCACUGCCCCUGCUGCCGUGGGCAUGAAGGAUAUCGCUUUGACGCUGAAAAGCAACGGUGUCGGCGGCGUCGGCGUCGACUCGGAGCUGAAGCCGCGAGCGAGGGAACCCGACGUCGGGGUGACCCCAGCGGCAAUGGCAGCGCCCCGGGUGCUCCUGCAUGCGCCCAGGGAGGUGCUGCUGUGCCGUGCGCGAGAACGGAGGCCGCCGCUCGCGUCGCCGGGGAAGCCCGCCCGUGCCUCGCCUCGCCUCGAGUUCAGCCUUCAGCUGUCCGCCACCACCAUGCCCUCCUCCGCCUCCUCCUCUACGCUGUGCCACGCGCAAGGGAAAAAGAUGGACGAUGUCAUCGACGACAUCAUAAGCCUGGAGAGCAGCAUGAAGGACGACAUGAUCAACGGCUUCCUGGACCCGACGACGCUCUCCCACCCGGUGGGCUUGUCCGGCGGACUGCUGGAGGGGUAUGCGGGGCCGGGCAUGGUGGUGCCGGGCGUGAACAUGCCCAAUGGCUCGUGCCACGGGGGCUUGCCCGCCAUGAAGAGGGAGCACGCGGGGAGGGAUCCUGAUGUCCGGGCCCUCGCUAAAGAACGUCAGAAGAAGGAUAACCACAACCUAAUUGAGCGCAGAAGACGGUUCAACAUCAAUGAUCGCAUUAAGGAGCUUGGAACGUUAAUCCCCAAGUCCAACGACCCGGACAUGCGCUGGAACAAGGGAACCAUCCUGAAGGCGUCGGUCGACUACAUCCGGCGACUGCAGAAGGAGCAGCAGCGCUCGCGAGACAUGGAGGCUCGCCAGCGCCGGCUCGAGCACGCCAACCGCAGCCUCGUCAUGCGGGUGCAGGAGCUGGAGAUGCAGGCGAGGGCGCACGGCCUGCCCACACCCUCGCAGGCCACCGUGGAUCUCAGCAGCUCGUCCAUUAAGCAGGAGCCGGGCAUCCCAUCCCACAGCCUCGAAUACUCGCUGCUGCCCACCGCCCCCAUCCCCGCCAACUCCAGCCACGUCACCAUCCUCGACCUCAACGACGGCACCCUCGGCUACUCCAAUCCGCUGGAAACGGAUCACCAGGACGUGUUGGGUCACCACCACUCCGAGCACCUGUCCGGUCACGGGGACCCGGCGGCUAACUUUUUGGACUAUGGCAGUGGCCCGUUUGGCAACGGCUUGAGGCUGAGGGACUUUCUGCUGGACGACGGUAUGUCUCCGAUCGGCGAGUCGGACCCCUUACUGUCCUCCAUCUCUCCAUCCGCCUCCAAGUGCAGCAGCUUCAGUGACGAUGACGACGACGACGGGGAGGAAAUGUGAUCCGUCGCCUCCGCGGGCAAAAUGUCCGAAGAUUUGUAUCUUUUUUUGGGAAGUUUUAUACGGAAUAAAAAAAAAGCAAAGUAGCUCAAGUUAUUCUUCAGUUUAAAGGUGCAAUACGUGAUGCUUAACCGUUUCCACGAUGCGUGGCACACUUAUGUCGGGUGCUCGGUGCAGUCCGGCGCGUGAUUUUCCUUCCGCCGAUCUACCAAGUUCUGCCAAACGAGAGGACCCAUGUUUACAACGCUUGCAUUUCAAUGAAGGCGGAGUCGCUGAGAAAACCACGCGGCGGGCAGCACUGUGUGAGGCUUGCCAAACGAAUGCCACUGCCGGCCCAUACCCAAUGUGUUGCAACAAAGACACGCACGCCAAACAGGAGAUCAACACAAUGUGAAGCGAGUUGCGUUGACGAUGGUUAAACGGGUGCAUUAAAUCCACUCUGGGCCAAUACCAUAUUUUCCCCGCUUUGACGAAACGGCUGACUUGCCCCCUACACCCUCCUUUUGUUUUAGCGGAGAUAUUCGCCUGCUUUCGCCCGCAAAAAAAAAAAAGGACGGAAAAGUGGCCACAUCCACGAACGCCACGUUACGUUCGCCCCCUCUAUAAAUUUCCAAUGCACGUGGCAUCGCUGGAACCUUGGUCAGCCUCAUCCGCACGUGCCAACGUGUAGUCUCUCAGUGGUGCAUCGCAGACAUCGCAGACAUCGCACCUCGCCCCCCGCCCCCGGGGGGAGAGUUUUUUGACGGGUCCGUGUGCAAGUGCGUGAAGUCGUUUGCGCGAAAAAGAGGGCCUUGACACCGACGCACAAAGCCCCCGCUUCUAUAUCGAGCAAAUCCACGGAACCCGUCACAAACCACGUGAGCCCCGAGUCGUUGUGUGACGUUAAAUCUUGACGGGGGUCGGUUUUGAGUGCGUGGGUGUUCGGCGGCGCACAAUGUGCAGUGUUUAGCCUGCGUGACUUAUUGUACCUUUAACACUAAAUAAAAGAAAACUGUUUUAUUAAACAGAUAUGUACAUACAGUAUAAAUAUAUUUUUAAGAUUUUAAAAGACUGCUAAGUCUUUUUUUAUAUACAUAUAUACUUUUUCAAUAACUUGUACAUCGGAACAUGUUUUUAGAGGUUUAAUCUUGCGAUUGAUACUGUACGUCCAAAGUCACAGGGCUGUCAAGUGAGGGUAACACCAUUUUUUGUCAAUCUAACCUGUCAACCGGAAGUAACUCAAAUGAUCUCAGAAGUACUUCUGUGGUUCCUGCUUCAGUGGGCCCUUCGUUCACUUGCGGGAGACCCCAAAGUCUGCUUCAUCUCAUGAUGUGACACACGAAGCAGUCAGGAUAAAUUGGAGGAAAAAAUAUGAAAAAUCACACACUAUAAAUGAGUGCAAUGAGGGUUAUAUGAUAAUGAUGAUAUUUCUAGAUUUGAAGCUUUCGUGACUGCAGGAUUCAUACUCUUAGGUUUUUUCGGUAAAGUCACGUAGGUAAAAAAAUAAUACUGAUACAGUAAAUUUAGCUUGACGGUCCCACCUGAAGACGGAGACUUGUGUUGCCUCCGAAACGUCGUGAUUUAAUUUAGUUAUUUUUCAUUUAUUAUUAUUUUAUUUAUUAUUAUUUUACCUACGUGACUUUACCGAAAAAACCGAAUAGUAUGAUGAUAUUUAUUUUGAGUUUUUGGUGAAUUUGGAAAGUAUGUCUGCAUUGUGUGUUUUAGGAUGCUAAAGUUCUGGGGGAAGGAGUUUAGUGUUAGGCCCAUCGAGACUUGACAGCCCUGCGAGCUAUAAUGUAAUUUCAACUUACAUAUUAUGCAAACUAUCAUAGUCUUCGAAUGGUUUUGUUAAACAAAACAAAUGCAAAGGUUGUGAAUGUUAAGCUGCGACUUGCUGCCAUUUUAUAUUAAAAUGAAAAAUGUGCCAUUAUUGUAAGCACUGUGAAACACGAGUUACCAAAUCCUGAACGGCAAUGCAAACAGCAAAUUCACUUUGGCAUGAGCCUCAUUUUCCCAGUGCAAUCUAGAGGGGUAAAUGUGCAUUUACAAAUUCCUUAUGUUUCAAGUUAGCCUACUAAGCUCUGGAAUUAAGAUAGCCCUCGUCAUCAUUGAGCCCUCAGCCGUGCGUUGAUACGGCCUAGAUUCGGUGUACAAUAUAUUGUUGGUUGGUAGUAGUGCCAGGUACAUAAACAUAGUCGCUGGAUAAUCACUGGCGUUUUAGUGUCAUCCCCCCCUCUCGUCGUGGAUUUUCUUUGCGCACUUUGCUUUCCUGGCAAGUGCAGAAUAAAGAUGAUGUUGGGGAAAAAAUCUCACAGAAUCUCUGUGGGAUAUAGAAUCCAGGAGGCGUAGAAUCCAAGGAACCUAAUUUUGACAGUAAAAUGUAUUAUCAAUAAUACACACUAAUCGAUCAUUUAAAUAAUGUAACUGCCCAUAAUAGACGGGUUUUGGGUUAGAUCUGGCAAAUAUAAAUGUGUCAUAAAACCCGCCACCACCCGACACAGCCAAUUAGUAAGGUUUGUCACGUAAACAAAACGUGGCCAAUUCGUUACUAGUUCAGCACACCGGUGUGUUGGAGAGUAAACCUCACUACAACAUUUACAAUUGGAGUACUGUGACAUUUCUCCGGUAAUUUCAACAACCAGCCUCAUCAGGCGACAGCCAGAAUUGUGGAAGAAUCCUCCUUUUAUUCUCCGGCUUCAAUAACUUGACUGUCCUUUUGUCAACAACCCACCGCUGGAUGAGGGCCUCCCUACCGCUUGUCGGCGGUUGUUCUAUCAACUGUCGUUGCGGUGGUCAGCGCUGGUGGUGGUUUAAGGAGGUGCCAGGACCUCGUCAGAUUCACUCGCCAGUGAUGUCAGCUUUUUCGAUUUAAAGCUUUCGUGACUGCAGGGAUUCAUCUUCUUGGUUCCUUCGGUAAAGUCACGUAGA